CACAGAGAAAAUGGUGAUGAUUGGAGAGCUAACAAGUGGGUCCAUUAGCCAUUUUACUGCCGUGUGACCGAACACCACUUGGAAUCAAUUGAGGUGGAGAGUCCCCGCAAUUCCACUCAGGCAUUCAAAUGAUGUCAUCAUGCAAACGCAAGAAAGGAGCGAGGUGCACCCAGGAGAGCAACAACUAACUGCAAGGGCAACCUUUACUACCUUCAAGGGAUCAAGUAUGACGAGUCAGGAGGUGCGCCUGUGUGGUCUUCUGCUGCGAGAGCAUUUCGGAGAGGUGGUGGAGAAAGUAGGAACACAUCUGCUCAAAGGCGGAACACAAAGUCUUAGAACCAUCCUUCAUGAGACUGGCGUCUCUCUAGACCUGGUGAAAAAGUCCCUCUGUGUGCUCAUGCAGCACGGUACUUGCCUGUUCAGCCCAGGCCGCAAAGGACCCGGGAGCCCCGCCGAGUACCGCACCAGCUGCGAUGUCAUCCUGAAAAUCCUGCGUUACCCGCGCUACAUCUACACAGCCAAGACCCUGUACGGCGACACCGGGGAGCUCAUUGUCGAGGAGCUGCUGCAGCGAGGUCACAUGACCAUGAGCAGCAUUGUUAAAAUAGUGGCGGAUCGCCUCACACAGACAAUGGAGGAUGGCCACAGCAUGGACUACAAUGAAGUAACGUCUGCCUUCUCCAAACUGGUGGAGACACAUUUUCUUCAACGCUGCCCUCCGGUGGCAACCACAAAAAGCACGGACAGCGCAAAUUCCGCCUCUGCGGCCGAUACCCCCGUCACCAUAGGCGCCCCCGCCCCAGAGAGCUUCCCCGACUGCUACAAGCUGCCGCAAGUGAAGCUCGUCGGACGAGGAAAGAGGCAGCUGGAGGACGCCGAGGAGCAAAUUAAUGCAAAGAAGGCCCGGAUGGAUACGGCGACUCAUGGUGAUGAGGGCGUCUACUGGCAGGUGAAUUUCGAGAGGUUCCAUCUCCACUUCAGAGACCAGGCGAUCAUCGGUGCUGUGGCCAACAAACUAGACCAGUCCAGCAGUGAGAUAGUGAGGACCAUGCUGAGGAUGAGCGAGGUAACAACUUCGCCCACGGCCGCAAACACGAAGCCCCUCGCCGCCAACGAGAUCUACAGGUCCUUGCCCGCCACUUAUAACAUCCCCAGACCCAUUUUGGACCAGUACCUCACUCUGCUGGUGGAUGACCCGAUGGAGUUUGUGGGCAAGGCUGGCGAGAGUGGAGGCGGGAUGUUUGUCGUCAACUUGCACCAAGCGCUGGCCAAUCUAGCGCGGGCCACUGUGGAGUCUGCUGUACAAGAGAGGUUUGGGUCACGAUCCGCUCGCAUAUUUCGUCUGCUGCUGAAGAAGCGACACCUGGAACAGAAGCAGGUGGAAGAUUUUGCUAUGAUUCCAGCCAAGGAGGCUAAAGACAUGCUCUACACGCUUCUCUCACACAACCUGGUCCAGCUGCAGGAAAUCCCCAAAACUCCAGACUUUGCACCCUCUCGUACCUUCUAUCUUUACACGGUCAACCAACUGUCCACUGCAAGGAUGUUGCUCCAGAACUGCUACAAGACGGUGGCCAACCUCAUAGAGAGACGAUUAUUUGAGACGACGAAUAGCAAGCGUCUGCUGGAGAAGUCCCAGCGCAUUGAGGCCAUCAUGGCCUCCCUGCAGGCCAGCGGGGCGGAGCCGGAACAGUUGACAGAGGUGGAGGAGAUGAUCACCGCUUCAGAGAAGCAACAACUGGAGUCUUUGCGGCUUCACGGCAACAAGUUGGACUCAGCGGAGACCCAAGUGGACGAAACCAUCUUCCUGCUUGAAUCUUACAUCCAGGCCACCGUCUCAUCCUCAAACUGAGUAAGACUCUACCUGUCCGAAAGUACUUAGACCUUGUGCAUCAGCAAUGCCGAACGUGGCUCUUUUGAGUUAUAUUAAAUCUAAUCAGAAUUUUGUUUAUUUCCUGAAAAUUCAUUUGGAUUGAAAAAUCAUCACUGGGUGUUAUGGAUGAAAACUGUAACACAAUAUAAGUGUUUUAUUUCGGUCGAAAUGGAUAAUUACCCAUAUGUUUUAUGGGUAAUACUUUAGUAUGGGGAACAUAUUCUAAUUAUCAAAGACUUCAUUUACUUAUUUGGACUCUAGGGGGUGUUGGGGGCUCGUCCGAAAUUUGGUACCCCACUCCUAGUACCAAAUUUGUUGUGUUUUGGACCUGUUCUUCCUUCGGUCAACGCCCCCAGGUUUUUUUAUGACACAUAAGCUGGUUUUGAAUCAAUCAGAGACAGAAUUUGCUCAUUUUGAUAUUUUAUAUCCAGAGCGCCUUGGGAGAUCAAUCUAGAUACAACAUUUCAAAGGCACGGUCCAAAUUGAUCUCAUUCUAAAAUGGCAGUUUCUCCUUCCUCACUCACUCUCACCCGCCCCUCUUCUUCUCCUCCCUACCUCGGACAGUUGAGAUAACAGAUUGUUAUGGCUUCAUUCCAACAUUCCAAAUUCAAGGUCUAUGUAAAAUGCUCACACUUUAGCUGUUCUACAAUCUGACUAGGAAAUAAAAAGACAACAAAUCCAA